AUAUUUUUCUAUAUAAAUACCCCAAGGCAUAUUGUUCAGUGACCCCAUCCAAAGUUUUAGCAAUAACCUAGAAAAAUGAAGACUGUACUAUUACUUUUGCUCAUGACUCUCGCAGCCAUUCCCCGCACACUGGCGGAGCCACCCACUGUGACCACCGAGAAACGUCCCGAUAAUGCAACUGUAUACAAAAUCUCAAAGCAGCUAUGCUGGAAUUGCAUUGGAGAGGCUAUACAAUUCUUGUAUGGACACAAUUUAGUAAGAGCAGCAAAACUGGAAUUUCCUCUUAUGUGGGACAGUAAACUAGAAAACUACGCAAAAUGGUGGGCAGGACAGAGAAGAGAAGAUUGCCGACUGAUGCACUCUUUCCCUGAAGAUGACUUCAAGCUUGGGGAGAAUAUAUAUUGGGGAAGUGGGUCGACGUGGACUCCGAUGGAUGCUGUUGGUGCUUGGGCCGAUGAAGAGAAAUAUUAUACUUAUAAAACAAAUUCUUGUGAAGAAGGGCAGAUGUGUGGACAUUACACACAGAUUGUUUGGAAAGAUACGAGGAAAAUUGGGUGUGCUCGAGUUAUUUGUGACAGUGGAGAUGUGUUUAUGACUUGUAAUUAUUAUCCGCCUGGAAAUUAUAUUGGGGAAAGGCCGUAUUGAUGGUGGAUCUUCAAGGAGUUGCUUGUGUGCUAGAAUAUUAGUGAAUAUUGUGAGAAAAAAAGAAAUGCAAAGGUGUUCUUGAGUUUCAGACAUCAGAGUGUGGCAUAGGUUUAAACAUGGUAUUUAUUAUGUUGUACUAUUGUAUUGUGUUAAAGACAGUCGAGGAUAUUGAACUUUCAGAUAAAUUUUAUAUUGGUUACAAAUAUUUAGUAUUAUUAAUUCAUCAGCUA